ACAGAGGGAGCGAUCAUGAAGAGGAGGAGGAGGAGGAGGAGGAGGCGGAGGAGGAAGGGAGAAAGGGAGGAGGGAGAGAUCAGCUCUUGCCAGAUGGUUUCCAACAAAACAAGCGAAAGGAGGCGCUGUGGUCCGCGUAAACAUAUUAUGGCGCGAUGCCUUGGAGGAAAAGAGCUGUUUGAUUCUUUUUCCGCCUAUGGCCAGGAUAUCAGCAUCUGCAGCUUCGGUAGAGUGAAGAAAGAGAGCAGCGGUAAGAGCCUAACCAUGCCGAUGUUUGUGGUGAACACCAACGUGGCCAGGAGUGAUGUACCGGCGGCUCUGCUGUCCGAGGCCACCGAGGAGCUGGCCAAAGCUAUGGGCAAACCUGCACAGUACAUUGCUGUGCAUAUCAACCCUGACCAAAUGAUGAUGUUUGGAGGAAAGGGAGACCCCUGCGCACUCUGCUCCCUCCACAGCAUUGGCAAAAUCAGCGGCGCUCACAACAAGCAAUAUUCUAAACUCCUGUGUGGACUGCUUAACAAACACCUGGGCAUCUCGGCUGACAGGAUUUAUGUUAACUUUGUGGACAUGGAUGCCGCCAAUGUGGCCUGGAACAACACUACAUUUGGCUGAGAUGGAAGUGAACAUGCCAAGAUGGAAGAUCAUUCCAGUAUUUUCCUAUGUCAAAGAACAUAGUUAAAAACUGAUUAAAUGAAGAAGCACUCGGCAGUCCAUUAGCCUAAAUCUUAAAAGCACUUAGCUGGACCCUUAAGCUUUGCACUGAUCCUUUCCCCUCUAAAUGCAAUAAAGCAGAUCCUGUAUAGCACAAACGAAUCCUUGUUUUAUUCUCUUCCUACAUUUACAGGCCUAGUGUUCGUUGUUAACUGGAAUCCUAAGUAUGUGAAAUGUGAAUUUAUCCAUGCAAAUUUCUCAACUGUGCUACUCACUACCAUCCAAGAACACUCCGAUAUAUGGGCCCUGGUAGUAAUAUAAAUAUUACUCAUACAGAGGAUUUACCCAAAGGAAUGGGAGAAGAUCUUCAGACUGGAAGGUUUCUUGCAAGCCCUAGGAUUUCCAUGAACUGGAUAACUAACAAUCUAUAAAGACAUGCUCCCUUAAGCACAUGUUUUCUGGUGGAAAAUGUUCCACUUGUCACAACACAAUCUCGUUAUUCUUAAUUUUGGAAAUGAUAUCUGUUGAAAACUGGCCUUUCUCUGCAGUAGUCACAUUACCGGUAUGCAUAUAAUUGUUUAAUUAAUCCGGAGGUUGUUCAAAUCUAGGCCUUCAACGAAUAAUACACUGAACAUUAAUAUACCUUUAUUAAAUCGGUAAUGUAUAUACAUUGUAUACAAUAUACAUUGUAAUAUACUGAUCUUUGAUAGAGAUUGAAGAUUAAUCAGAUCAGAUGAAUGUCAUUAAUGCACGCGUGUUUUUGUGUUUUAAGCAUAGACUGUAUUUCCUUACCGCGUUAACGUCAUCAUUAAGCGCGGCGGAAAACGUUACUGUGCUCUUAUUUUCCACAUCUGUGCCCACAUGCCCUCCCCUCUUUCUUUUUAUGGUUUCAUACAGGUCCUGAGAAAUAUAUCUUGUAUCGCGCAGAUUUACAAAGAAACAGGGCAUCUCACAAGAAUCUGGGGCAUCUGGCGUCUGCUGACGGUCACCUUCAAAGAUGUCUGACUACCUGACAAAAGGGUUUAAGACCCAGCUGACAACAACUAUGGACUCAGUCUUGAGGAGAGCCACCUUUGAGAUAAUGUCGAUUUUUGAAAGUAGCCUGCAUAACCACCGCUUGGAGCUGGCGCAGAAAGGAGAGGAGGUGGCUCAACUCAAAAUAAAAUUGCAGACAGCAGAGCUAAAGCUGAAAGAAGCUGCUCUGAUUAAAACUCCGAUAGAACAAAAGCAGAAAGAGACUGAACGCACUGUGGAUACCCCGGGACAAACUUCUCGUGUUCCUGAGAUUGACUUUGAAGUACCUGAUGACUGGUGCGCUCCCCUGGGCUGUGAGAUCGCGAGCAAGCAAGACGAAGGAGUGUGUCCUAGUGUAAGACUGCGGCCUUUCUCCAUCCCUCUCUGGCACAUUCCGGUCGUCAAGCACGAGGUGGAAAACAAUGACUUCCAUGAGGAUACCAGUGGUGGCAGGAGAUCCAAGAGACAAUUUACAGAUUCCACGUGCGAGACGGCAUUACCGUUGAGUAACCAAAGAACACGUCUGUCUGUGAGAAAUGACGUGAAGAGAUCGCUCCAAGACGAUGUCACCAACACACAUUCUUGCCAACCAAGUUUUGAAAACCGUAAAAGAAAGGCAAGAAAAGAGCAGGAGAACACAGAGAAGAGCGAGAAGAGAGAGCAAAGACAAGAUGCAGCAACUGAACCCGAGUCUAAAGAACAGGUGACAGAGGAAAAUGACGCCCAAAAUAUGUACCGUUGCAAACACUGCAAGAAGAUGUUUGAUACGGAGUUUGGCCGAGAUGUGCAUGCACGAAUGCACAAUACGUGCAGAGGCUGCAGAAAGAUCUUUCCUCUCGCAGGUGCUUUCAGGUCUCAUAAACAAUCUUGUGCAAAACUCCAAAAAUUGUUAGCAAAGCAAGCCACCAGAAAUGGAAUCUCCAAAACUCCCUCUGAAGAAAAAAAAACCCCCGCACCAAACAAAAGACAGGAGAUAACACAAAAACAGAGCGCGCCGUCCUCUAGCACCAACAUUGAAUUAUCCACCCAGAGAAAUAAAUCCACCAAAAAGCACUCGUGUACAUAUUGCAACAAAGUUUAUGACUUCCGCUACAAGCUCCAACAGCACGUUCUUAUUCAUACGGGUGAAAAGCCAUUUCCAUGCAGCAUUUGCCCAAGAAAAUUCCGCCUCAGUCAGACUCUAAAGAUGCACAUGAAGAGCAAACACAAUCUCCAAAAGAAUUCCAGUAAAACAAACAGAGACCUUGCUUGGACCAAACCCUUAGAGGAGACCGAGGAUAAUGGAGACGGCAAAGACGCAAAUCAAGAAAUCAAGGCAAACAACGUUCGAAGAAAGCGCAAAGGAAAGGAAAAGAUAAGGUGGCAAACAAUGGGCAAGUGGUGCCGAAAGGGUUUCACGUGCCUAUUAUGUGAGAAGUUGGUGAAAAACAAAAGAGCAUUAACUGAACACUUUCGCCUCCACGCAGGAGAGAAGCCCCUCAGCUGUGACAAGUGCCCUGAAAAAUUCCAUACAAAAGCGCAGCUGUACGUGCACAAAAAAAAGUGCAGCUCUCCAGUGGUGGCGUUUUAACGCGAGUGCGAUAUGAAGUUCCCGUCGCUUUUGGGAUACAAUUGACAUGGAUCUAAAUGUCAAGAGGUGUAAUGUGAAACACUGAAUUUUGACACGUCAUCUCCCAUAUAUGAAGUGAAACAUGUUAUUUAUGGGAGAUGAAAUGGUCAAACCAGUAUCCCAAAUAUCAAAUCCUCCUCCAGGAGUUUGAAUUAAGAAGCUGCAAUAAUAUGGAAACAUGCGUCUUUAUCUAAUUCAGUAUAUUGAUGUAAAAGUUAAACAUCCAACAUUGCCUUAAAGUGCACCUACUCUAUGAUGAAAACAUCACUGCAGUAGUCUACAGAAGUACAUAAUGAAACGAGAACUACCUCUGUAGAGGCUGUACAGCCAAAUAGCUGCGCUUUUAAAAUCUCCUGUUUCACAGUGUGCAGUACGUUAGCAGAUAGCUCAACCCUGUUUUAAAAUUUUUUUUUUUUUUAAUUAAGUGAAAUUCAACAGGUUUGCCUUCAUCAGAUGUUGUGCUUUUCAAGGUUACAUAAUUUGAACAUGUCACUCAAACAUUCUUCUGAGGAUGUGGUUCGUUGGGGUUUUAUGAUGUUGACUGUAUUUCUUGGAAAAUGACAACGAAACGUUUAUCCUGUAAAGUUCCAGCUGUUUUCCUGGGCUGUUAUUUUGUAUUUUAUGUUAUAUUUUGCUGUGUUUCGUUGUUCAUUGGUAAAUGUAGAUGCUCUUACAAGCUGAUGUUUGUUUUUCCUCACGCGAAGGUGGCGUUGCCAGUGUUACGAGACAUCUUAUUUUAAUUAAUAAAAUUCAAAUUUUACACCUUG